CUUACCCCCCCCCCUCUCCUUCCUGUCUUCCUUCCUUCGUGCUGCCGGCGCCGGCUCCGGCUCGCGUGCUGCGCCAUGGCCCUGCUCUGCUACAACCGCGGCUGCGGGCAGCGCUUCGACCCCGGCACCAACACGGAGGAUUCAUGUACGUAUCAUCCAGGUGUACCAGUCUUUCACGAUGCUUUAAAGGGUUGGUCAUGCUGUAAAAGAAGAACAACAGAUUUUUCUGAUUUCUUGAGUAUUGUGGGGUGUACAAAGGGUUUCCAUAAUAGUGAGAAACCCCCUGAACCUGUUAAACCUGAAGUCAAAACUACCUCUGAACGAAAGGAAUUAGCUGAACUGAAACCUAAAUUUCAGGAGCACAUAAUUCAGGCACCAAAGCCAGUGGAAACAAUUAAGCGGCCAAGCCCAGAUGAACCAAUGACAAACUUACAGCUGAAAGUAUCAGCUUCCCUGAAACAGGCGCUAGAUAAACUGAAACUGUCAUCAGAGACUGACGAAAAAAAAAAAGAAGAGGACAGUGAUGAAAUCAAGAUUGGGACUGCAUGUAAAAAUGGAGGCUGCUCAAAGAGAUUUGAAGGACCACAGAGCACAGAAGAGAUAUGUAUAUACCAUUCUGGUGUACCUAUAUUUCAUGAAGGGAUGAAGUACUGGAGCUGCUGUAAGCGAAAAACUUCUGAUUUUAAUACAUUUUUGUCUCAAGAAGGAUGCACAACAGGAACACAUGUAUGGACUAAAAAAGAUGCUGGAAAGAAAGUAGUUCCUUGUAGGCAUGAUUGGCAUCAGACUGGAGGUGAAGUUACCAUUUCAAUAUAUGCUAAAAAUUCAAUUCCUGAACUUAGCUAUGUUGAAGCAAAUAGCACAGUGUUAAAUAUACACAUUACAUUUGAAGGGGAUAAAGAAUUUCAUCACAGUGUGAAAUUAUGGGGAGUAAUUGAUGUGAAGAGGAGUUAUGUAAACAUGACCGCUACAAAGAUUGAGCUCACUAUGAGGAAAGCAGAGCCCCUGUCAUGGGCAAGCCUUGAACUACCAGUGCCUAACAUACAGCAGCAACAAAAAAAAUGAUACAGAUCAAAAAUGAACUCCUAAAGAGAGAAUUAUUUUCUAUCACAACAUGGUGACUUGCUACUGUAAUGUGAUAUUCAUCUUUUUUUUAUUUUUAAAUUUUUUCUUUUACAGUAGAUUGUGGAUUUCAAAUCAGGGUCAACAUUGGUCUUUACAUACUGUAACAUGGUUGUCUCUCUCAUCCCAUACUUUUUGGGGCUUGUCUACAUAGCGAAGUUCAUGCCCAAUAAAUUGGGGUGGGAAAUUGAACAGUAAUAACUGUUUUGUCAGAGUAGUCUUAAAGACAUCCGCUCCACACAAAUGGCGUCCUUGUAUGAAGCUAGUAUAGACUAGCUAUUAUGCUUCAGGUUCUAUGCCCUACCUUAGGCUGCAUACAUGCAUUCAAAUCAUCCAGGACAACUCUCCCAGGUUUGUUGUCCUUAGACAAAAACUGACCUGUACAGAAGUUUUAACAAAGAAGCAAAGAGCCUGCUGGGCAGGCAAGGGACCCUAGAGCAUGCAGCUCAGAGCUUUGCAGGCUUUUUAAGUGAAAUGUAGGCAGGGAGUGUCAGGGAAGGUAUUGCCAGGAUCUGUGCCAUGCACAGUUUGUCAGCUUUCCUCACCCCAGUGGGCAGGGAGUAUGUUUGCAUGCUUCCUGGCACCCAAGUGCUGCAGUGUGGUUCAGACAAAGUACAAGCCAGGAGCAGAACACUUUUUUUCCAGCCCAAAGUGCUUAGGGGGUACGUUCAACUCUGUUUGGCUGAGACUGAUGCAUGUUCUUCCUCCCUCUGUGAGAGGAGGAGGGAGAAGCAGAAAAGCACACUGGCUACCUGUACAGAAGUUUGGUCUCCUGAGAGAUUCUCUGGGGAGCCACUUCACUCAGGUUGUUCCCAAGUUAUUUUUCUCCCAGUGUGGCCUCUUUUACACUGGGGAAAAAAAUUAUGAACUUCUGUACGCUCGUGUUUUUCUCCUAACAGAGCAGGGGAUUUCCCUGGAGAAACUGAACAUCUGUCCAAACCGUAAUGUCUAGUAAAAUCUCCCUUUCCAUCUAGUAAAUGUGAACCAACUUCCUCUUGUAGAGAGAGCCCUCAGUCCACACUGAAUUAUUAUUUCAGGUACACUGGAUCUAUUAGAGUAACUGAUACAUUAGAUUCAGUACUGUUUGUUAUAAAUUUUACAGUAAAAAGAAUACAAAUUUGUGGAAUGAUUACCAUGUCUCCAGCAGUCUGUAAUAAUAAUUUUUUAAAAAAGGAUAAACAAUAAUAAAUAUGAAAGAAUGAGAGUUUUACCUGGAACAUUUGUCUAGUAAAAUCUGCCCUUUCAUCUGGUAAAAUGACUUAAUCAAAUUAAAGACACUUUAUCUUUUA